AUGCAGGGUCUUGAAAGUCACAUGGGGGAUAAGAUGUUCAACAGCCAGCAACUGCAAGCCAGCACUGCAGCAGCGACAGCCCAAGUGAACCACCUGGCGGUGAACCACACGCUUGUACCAGUAGUGCCCAUGUCCAGUCGCUGGACCAAGCCCAUGUUGAUCGCCGAGAUCGAGAAGUACGGCGAGACUGUGCCGCCGAAGUGGUCCAUGGCCGAGAUGAAGAACCGAGUGGCCCAGCUCCACGAGGAGCAUGGUGUGGUGCCGCCUCACAAACAGCGCACGGAGUUGCGCGAGAUGGUGAUCCAACUGAACAAAGCAAGCCAGAAGAAAGCCCUGUUGCAGAAGCACUGCCACGGCCUGGGGGUGCCAGUGAAUGGCAACGAGACCAUGGCCACACUCCAACGAGCAGCCAUGGUGAAGAUCUACGAGACCAGCACUCCCGAUGCCAGCGACCCUGUGGGUUUCGGCAAGGCAGCUGCACUCAGCUACCUGGAGAUUCAGGAGGACCAGCAGUACUGCCAGUGGGUGCUCAAGACAUGGGAAGAAGGCUCAACGUGUCCACAGCUAGCCCGUCUGGCUCGCUGGCUCGACAAAGAGAAGAAGGGCAUGAACAUGAAGUCCGAGCAGGGCAUUCCCGUGAAGAUGGAGACACACCACAACGAGCCUACACCAGUGAAGACAAAGACACAACCGGCAGCUCCGAAGAACACAGCCAGCCUCACCAGUGCCAGCAGCUCCAAUGUCACCGAAGUCCUGGUGAACCUGGUCGAGGCCAUGCAGGACCUCAAGGAGGAGAUCAGCGAGCUCAAGAACGAGCGCCCCCGCAAGAAGGAGGCCAAGUCGUCGGAGCACAGCUUCGAGAUCCCCUGA